GUAAAUCAUCAGUCAGGAAGAAACUAGGCGCUCUCACACAUCCAAUAUCCAUGGCAAUGGAUGAGGACGAAGACACCGUCAUGGGAGAGGCAGGCUCCCACCACCCCACCUCUGUUUCUUCACAUCAAUGGCCAAGCAAUGGGCCCAGCAGCCAGGGUGCUGGCCAGCUCAAUGGUAGCUCGGAUCCAUCUAUUGCACCGCCAUUGCUGGGUCCGACCAUGAAGCUGCCGUUGUCUGUACACUCGGGAGACCCGAGGCCUGAGAACACAGCAUCGGCAGAAGAUCAGGGAGUAUCGCCACCUAAAAGCCUGCCCAAGUCAGACUCUGGCGACGCCACUACUGAAGACUUUGACAAGCAAGAUAGUCUUGUCGAGGACAACUCGGAUUGGUCUGAUGAGGAUACUGUAGCCCGCACUGGGCUUCCCAUCGCCUCACUUCCUUCUGGGUUAUGUUAUGACGUUCAGAUGCGUUAUCACUGUGAAGUGCGGCCAACAGCGGACGUUCAUCCAGAGGAUCCGCGACGCAUCUACUACAUUUACAAGGAACUUUGUCGAGCGGGACUAGUCGAUGAUCCCGAAUCGUGCCGUCCGCUUGUCUCACGACCGCUGAAGCGCAUCAAUGCUCGCAAUGCUACUGAAGCGGAGAUCUCGCUGAUUCAUACGCCUGACCAUUUUGCAUUCGUAGAAAGCACAAAAGACAUGUCUGAUGAUGAGCUCAUUGCAUUGGAACACACACGUGACUCGAUAUACUUCAAUAAAUUGACAUUUGCAUCAUCGAUUCUGUCAGUUGGAGGCGCGAUUGAGACAUGCUUGGCUGUUGCAACCCGGAAGGUCAAGAACGCCAUUGCGGUGAUCCGGCCUCCGGGGCAUCAUGCCGAGCACGACAAAACUAUGGGAUUUUGUCUGUUCAAUAAUGUCUCCGUAGCAGCCCGUGUUUGUCAGAAUCGACUGGGUGAUAGCUGCAGAAAGAUUUUGAUUCUCGACUGGGACGUGCAUCACGGAAAUGGUAUUCAAAAAGCUUUCUAUGAUGACCCUAAUAUCCUAUACAUCUCACUCCAUGUGUAUCAGGAUGGGAAAUUCUAUCCUGGAGGGGAAGAAGGUGACUGGGAUCACUGUGGCGAAGGCCCGGGUGUUGGAAGAAACGUGAAUAUACCCUGGCCGAGCCAAGGAAUGGGCGAUGGUGACUAUAUGUAUGCUUUUCAACAAGUUGUCAUGCCAAUUGCUCAUGAGUUCAACCCGGACCUUGUCAUCGUUGCCUCUGGGUUUGAUGCGGCUGCAGGCGACGAGCUUGGUGGAUGUUUCGUUACACCUUCGUGCUACGCUCACAUGACACACAUGCUCAUGACGCUUGCUAAUGGCAAGGUUGCUGUUUGUCUCGAGGGUGGUUAUAACUUUAGGUCUAUCUCCAAGUCAGCACUCGCUGUCACAAAGACGCUGAUGGGAGACCCGCCGGACCGACUUCAUACCACUUCACCCUCAGCUCUGGCCACCACAACUGUACGGCGUGUGAUGAUGGUCCAGUCGCAUUACUGGCACUGCAUGUACCCUAAAGGACCUCCUCAGGAUGGGCUCUUCACCGAUAGGCUUCAUGAUGUUAUACGCGCUUACCAGUCAAAACAACUUUACGACAACUACAAGCUCACAUCUCUCUUCAUAUAUCGUACUGCCAUCUCCCGGUCUUUCGAAAAUCAGGUUCUAGCAAGCCCCAACUAUCACCAACCCGUGCCACUUGUAGUGAUAUUUCAUGAUCCUCCUGAGAUCAUGGGUUUGCCCCAUCCGGUCACCAACAAGUUGGAAGCCCAUAACUGCUGGCUGGCUGAUGUCAUGAAGGAAUACAUUGGGUGGACUGUCAGCAAGGGGUAUGCAGUCAUCGAUGUUAAUAUCCCUAAGCAUGUGACGAUCGAUCCUUCAUCCGGUAAAUAUGAGGAAGAAGACGAAAAUCGGCCCACAGCUACUGAGGAACUGGCGGGCUACCUGUGGGAUAAUUAUAUUGAACCGAGCGAGGCCACCGAAAUCUUCUUCAUGGGCGUAGGGAAUGCUUUCUACGGAGUAGCCAACCUACUGAUCAACCGAGAAACAUUGUAUAAACGUGUGAACAGUGUUGUUUCCUUCGUUGCCGAGAACCCGGUUCGCGCCAUAGCCUCCCACACCCAGGUCUGGCUGUCGCGGUGGUACAAAGAUAACUCCCUUGUCUUCGUCUCGCACACGCACGGCGUCUGGAACAACGUGGAGACUCGGCGCAAGCCAUCCAAGCGCUACGGCCAGCUUGUCCAAUCACCCAAAGCCAGUCUGAGUGAGAUGCUCAUGCACCACAAAGAGGAGGUAUACCAAUGGAUCUCCGAGCGUGCGGACGUGCAAGAUAGCGAGGAGACGGAGGAUGAGAAGAAGCCCAAGUCGAAGAGCCGGUCCCCGACGAAAGAGAACCAGGCGGAGCCCCGUUCGGUGCCGAGCUAAGCGAGGUCUUAAGUCGAGUGCGCGCUGUAAUUUUGUUUGUGUUGGAUCUAUGCAUAGGUGGGAAGUUCGGUUGUGUCUUGGAUGACCAUUGCAAUUGUUACCUAGUAGAGAUGCAG